CUCUCAACUCGAAUAACGGGCACGUUGACCAAGUGACGGUUCACAAAAUCGUGAAACAGCAUAAUGGCAAUGGCGUCCAUACCACCAGCAACGCAGAUGACCAGCUGACUUCAGCGAUGGUCAUCAAUCUGGAGCAUGAAUAUGGUGCUCACAAAUGCAUACUGAUGAGACGCUUAAUUCUUAUAGUUAUCAUCCUCUGCCAAUAGUAUUUGAUUCCGCACAAGGGGCAAAGGUAUGGGAUCCGGAAGGCAAUGAGUACAUUGAUAUGUUGUCUGCAUACUCGGCGGGUCAUUGUCAUCCAAAGAUAGUCGCUACUCUAGUAGAGCAAGCCCAGAAACUCACUCUGUCAUCUCGUGCCUUCUACAAUUCUGUCUUUGGGAGGUUCGCACAGCAGAUUACACAGAUGUUCUCAUAUGAAAGUGUUCUCCCGAUGAAUACCGGUGCCGAGGCGGUCGAGACUGCUGUCAAGCUUUCUAGGAAGUGGGCAUACCUAAAGAAGGGUGUACCGAAUGGAAAAGCUAUUGUGCUUAGCGUUGAAGGGAAUUUCCACGGAAGAACUCUGGGGAUCAUUAGUAUGAGCACUGAUCCGGAGAGCCGUGGGGGCUUCGGCCCCUACCUCGAGGGUGUUGGGCCAACUUACCAGGAUAAUGAUGAAGUCCGUCUCAUCCGCUACGGAGAGAUAUCGGAUCUCGAACGUGCUUUCGAACUUCAUGGAAGACACGUGGCAGCAUUCUUGGUGGAGCCAAUUCAAGGGGAGGCAGGAAUUGUUGUGCCACCCAGCGGUUAUCUUGCAAAAGUUCGAGAACUCUGUACCAAGCACAAUGUUCUUCUUAUCUGCGAUGAAAUCCAGACGGGCAAGAUGCUGUGCUGCGAACAUGACGGCAUUCGGCCGGAUAUGAUCUUGCUUGGGAAGGCACUGUCAGGUGGAGUGUACCCCGUCUCGGCAGUUCUCGCGGACCGCGAGGUCAUGGACUGUAUUAAGCCUGGAGAACAUGGCAGUACAUACGGCGGGAACCCAUUGGGGUGUGCGGUCGCUAUGACAUCCCUGCGCGUCCUCGUAGAUGAGAAGCUCGCAGAUCGUGCACGGGAUCUCGGUGAAAUAUUCCGCGCGGGAAUUCUGGCGUUGAAAUCUCCAUUGGUACAGGAAGUUCGAGGGAGAGGCCUUCUCAAUGCGGUGGUAAUUGACGAGGACAAGAGCUCCAAGGGCCGCACCGCAUGGCAAUUCUGCUUGCUUCUGAAGAGCCGAGGCGUUCUUGCGAAACCGACUCAUGUCAAUAUCGUCCGUUUUGCCCCUCCGUUGGUGAUACUCGAGGAGGACCUCCGAAAGGCCAUCGAGAUAAUUGGACAAUGUCUUUUUGACCUUGACCAGGUGAGUGUCUAACAGGGAGUUGUGAACUCGCUUUGAAACUGCCUUGAUUUCUAGCUCGACGACAUCCCAGGAGAAGUUGAGAGUGAGAAGGGUUUCAGAAACACUGUCGACUGAUCGAUGAUGCGAUGUUGUCUGUAUGACUUUCAUGUAUGUUGCGUACGUAGGUUUUCCUUGCAAGUUUCUUGUUUUGGUUGCUCUAAGAAAAUCGCGCGCGAACCCUCCGAACCAGUCAGGUUGUACAUAGAACCCCCAUCAUAUGAUUCCUAUCACAGUGAUGAACGUAAGAGGUGGGAGGGCGAAGGGCCUACCUGA